AUGGCCUCACAAAUCAUCGCCCGCCACUUCGCCCGCGCCGCCGCACCACGAUUCAUGCUCCGCGCCACCAGGCCGGCGGCCGUGCAGCGCUCCGCGUUCUCCACCACCCAGCCGGCGCUCAACGGCAAGCCCGCCGCCGAAGCCUCCGGUAACCCUGAGCUGCCCAAGUUCAGCUUGAAGCACCUCAGCGCGAACCCCAGAACGCGAUUCUGGAUCGGGGCCAGCAUUUUUGUGCUCGGCUGCAUCGAGGGAGCAACAUGGGUCAAGUUCUGGCCAAAGAUCACUGGCAAGAAGGAGGAAGUGUCUGAGUCAUCAUGA